AUGGACAUCAAAAAGCUAUCCACUCCCUCCCCCACUGCGUCUCUGCCAAAGGAGCCCGAAAAGGGAACUACAGAGGACCUCGAAUUAGAGGGCCUAGGCUACACACAAGAGCUUCGUCGCAACCGCUCAGUUCUCACACUGCUAUUCCAAAGUCUCGCCAUCGCAGCAAUCCCCUACGGCGAAGGCUCACCCCUUCUCUCAGCCAUCUAUGGCGGCGGUCAACUGUCCAUUUUCGUCGGCUGGAUCGUCGUCUGCCUUCUAGACCAAUGUGUUGCCUUCUCUCUUGCCGAGCUGGCAUCCCGCUACCCAACAUCCGCAGGACCUUACUACUGGAGCUUCCAGCUUUCCCGUGGCGCCAAAACCACCAUUUCAUUCAUUAACGCCUGGCUCUGGCUGAUCGGUAAUUGGACCAUCACCCUCUCUGUAAACUUUGGCUUCGCCUCCAUCCUCUCCUCAACUAUCUCCCUCUACCACCCAGAAUGGGUCGCAACAAAUUGGCAACUGCUCCUGAUCUUCUACGGCAUCUGCCUCGUCUCCCUCCCUCUCUGCACCUUCGCAAACAAACACCUCCCCACCAUCGACAUCUGCUGCGCAGCAUGGACCGCCCUUACGAUCUUCAUCAUCCUCCUCGCCAUCUCCAUUGACCCCCAAACCCCCCGCCACUCAGUAUCCUACACCCUCGCCCACUAUGACAAGUCCUUCGCCGGCUGGGGCAACUUCACUUUCUUCAUCGGCUUCCUGCCAGUCGCAUACACCUUCUCCGCCAUCGGCAUGAUCUCCUCCAUGGCCGAGGAAGUCAUAGACGCAGCUGUCAAAGUGCCCCGCGCCAUCGCCCUCAGCGUUCCCGUCGGCGGAAUAGCAGGUCUAUUCUUCAUCCUCCCGCUAUGCGCAACCAUGCCCCCACUCGAGGAUGUCAUCAACUUCUCCCCCGGCGGUCAAGCCCUACCCUACAUAUUUUACCGGGUAAUGGGCUCACAGGCCGGCGGUCUAGGCCUCAUCUCCCUCAUCCUCGUCAUCAACAUCUUCUGCUCCAUCAGUAUCACCGUUGCCGCCUCCCGUACGACCUGGGCGGUGUCUCGUGACGACGCUGUCCCGCUCUCGCGACUGUGGUCGAAGAUUCAUCCCCGCUGGGGCGUGCCGGUGAAUGCAUUGCUGCUUUUGACGGGGAUUCAGAUGUUGCUGGGGUUGAUUAACCUCGGUAGCACGAGUGCGUUCACGGCGUUUGUUUCUGUCGGUGUGAUUGCGCUGGCGACUGCUUACGCUAUUCCGAUCUUCUUGAGUCUGUGGAAUGGGAGAGAGGAGGUUCACAAGGCGGCUUGGAACUGUGGCAGGGUUCUUGGCACUUUUUCGAAUGUCGUUGCCCUUGCGUGGAUUGGGUUUGAGAUGGUGCUGUUCAGUAUGCCGACUGUGCUGCCGGUUACGGCGCAGUCGAUGAAUUAUGCAUCGGUUGUGUUCAUGGGAUUCUUGGUUAUCUCGGCUAUUUGGUAUUUCAUUCAUGCAAGGAAAUACUACAAGGGUCCGCCUGCAUCGGAUGCCAUCGAAUGA